GAGACAAGUGAAGAGUAACUGAUGGGGAGAGGACUACUGCUGAGCAUUCUUAUUUAAGAGUACAAGGCUGCAAGCUGACAGUUUUAGAGCCAGGAAAAUAGUCUAUUUAACUUUCCCAUAACAAAAAAAGACCACAUUGUUUACGUUUGGCUGAUGCAUGCAACCACUGGACUGCAGUGAUAAUAUGUACUGGGUCACAGGCAUUAGGAUGAGAAAGUAUAAGAAUACGAUACGCAAUUCACAGGAUGCAAAGCAAACAUGCCCACGAUUACAUUGUGGCAUGAAGGCUGAAAAAAUAGUAGCCUAGUCUACAAUAUCCCCAAAAACGAGAAUCAAACUGUCAGCCCCGCGAGAAGGAUAGGGGUCUGUGAGGAUAGAGGGGGAGUGAUAUGUCAUUUACUGGAACAGUCUCACGAGCACCAGAGUGAGAGCGCGCGCUUAAAGGCACCCAGUGAAGAACACCGGCUUCUUUCCCACUUUGGAAUCUAGUUGUCUUUCAUUCAGUGCGUUCACUUAAAUCCCUGGCAGACGAAGGAGCUACCCAAUUAUAUCUAUAUUAAAAGGUAAUCCAGCUCCGCUCUGCUGCGGCCGUGGGAGGGAGUCCUGCAUCAUUUGUACAGCAGAACGGGAAUGAGUUAGUGUGAGAGUGAAAAGUAAACCACAAUAAAGACUGACCCUGUGGAUAGCAAAGGAAAUCACAAUGUGGGGAGAAGACAAACAGAAUCCAAGGAGAGGAUCAAAAAAUCUCUGAAUAUAUAUAUAUAUAUAUAUAUAUAUUAUUUUUUUAUUUUAUUUUUUUAUUUUUUUAAACGAGUUGAUUAACACACCACCUCCACUAUGACCACCCCAACGGUGCUUCUUCUUGUUUUGGUUUGUAUGUGGGAGGAGCAGCGAGGACGUAGUUCACUAACUGUUAGUUUACCGAUUACAGCUCGGAACAGCCAGGAAGACCUAAUUGAACUGAGGGCUGCAGAAAACUUUCUGGUGAAUCAUGGUCAGAAUGCUGAGGUUCCUAUGACAACCCACAUCCCACUGACUCCUGGAUUAACAGACAAAGAAAAGAAUGGCAUGGAUGAAAUAGUACAGAUAUCAACUCAAACUCCAGACUUUACCCUUCAAACCACUUUGACUCGAAAGAUAUGGAAUGUAAUUACAUCCAAGAGUGACCAUGUGGAUAAUGGGGAUAAUGUUCACACUCAGUCACUUGAGGCCCAGCAGUCCAUGGAGGCAGAGGCCAAUGGAGACCCCAAUCAUCAUGUGAAACUCCAGACUGUCUCGCAUCCAGAGUCCAGAGUUCUUCCAGAGGGUAUCUCUGGGCGGGGCUUAGUCUCUCGGGGGGAGGGGUUAACUCUAACAGGGGUGGGGCCUCACUCUCGUCGUAAGCGGAGCUGGCAGUGGAACCAGUUCUUUGUGAUUGAGGAGUACAGAGGACCAGAGCCAGUGCUCAUCGGACGGCUGCACACAGAUAUGGACCGAGGUGAUGGGCGUACCAAGUACAUCUUAGAAGGAGAGGGGGUGGGGUCUGUGUUUGUCAUCGAUGGGAACACGGGCAACAUCCACGUCACCAAGUCCCUGGACCGAGAAGAGAAGGACCAGUACCGCCUCAUCGCCAUGGUAACCGACCGCCAGACGGGCCACGCCCUCGAACCCUCGUCCAUGUUCAUCAUCAGAGUGCAGGACAUCAAUGACAACCCACCUGUCUUCCAGAACGAGCCAUACAGCACCACCGUGCCCGAGAUGGCCAAUAUAGGAACAUCCAUAAUCCAGGUGACAGCCACGGAUGCAGACGACCCUACGUAUGGUAACAGUGCCAGGCUGGUGUAUGCUGUGACCCAGGGCCAGCAGUAUUUCUCUGUGGAUCCUCAGACAGGUGUCCUGCGUACUGCUGUAACUGACAUGGACAGGGAGAAUCAGGACACCUAUCUGGUCGUCCUCGAGGCCAAAGACAUGGGGGGUCACCUGGGGGGGAUGUCAGGGACGACCACAGUCACUGUGAGGCUGAGUGACGUCAACGACAACCCCCCUCACUUCAGAAAGAGUGCCUGGUCAUUCUCUAUCUCUGAGCUAGCAGCACCAGGGGUGGAGGUGGGUCGCCUCUCGGCCACAGAUGCUGAUCUGGGAGAGAACGCCAUGCUGGAAUAUACCAUUCUGGACGGAGAGGAGGGGGACACAUUUAACAUCACCGGAAGAGACCAAGAGGCUGUCAUUGUGUUAAACAAGCUGCUCGACUAUGAGAGGUGCGGUUCCUACUCGUUCUCAGUGGAGGUUAUGAAUCCCGUAGUGGACGCACGGUUCCUACGAAAGGGUCCCUUUAAGGACCGGGCGACCGUACGGGUCAUGGUCCUCAAUGCAGACGAGCCACCCCGCUUCUCCCGGUCACGUUACCGUCUAGAUGUGCCUGAGAACUGUCCUCCUGUCUGCAGCGUGGGUCGGGUGUCUGCUGUGGACCCAGACACGGGACAAAGCUCCAACAUCAGGUACUCUAUUGACCCUCAGUCUGACCCAGAGGCUCUGUUCCGUAUUGCUUCUGACAGCGGCCUUAUCACCACGGUGAUGGAGUUGGACCGGGAGCGCGAGCAGUGGCAUAAUAUCACUGUCAUCGCCACACAGAGAGACAAUCCUAACCUUGUGACCAGAGUUGUGGUUGCCAUAGAGACGCUGGACCAGAAUGAUAAUGCACCAGAGUUGGACAGGCAGUACACGACGUCUGUGUGUGACUCCAGUACCCCUGGACAGGUUGUUCAGGUACUGCGGGCGGUGGAUAGGGACCAGGGAGGACAGGACGCCACAGUCCACUUCAGCAUCCCUCCAGAGUCCAGUUCUGCUCUAAACCUCACCAUCAGGGAGAGUGGAGGUGCCACAGCGAGACUGGUGCUCCAGUCGACCCUGCAGCCCCUCGCUGGCUUCUCCUCCUCCCUCCUCACCCUGUACGUGCCCAUCGUGCUGCGGGACGGGGCGUCCGGCCUCACCAACACCGGGACGGUCACCGUGACCGUGUGUCCAUGUCUGAGAGGAGGCAUGCAGGCCGAGGAGAGGGGCAGGCAGAGGGACAGGGGCUGGGAGAGACAGACAGUAUGUCUGCCCCUGCCCUCCGCCUCUCCAUCACUCAUCUUCAGUAUGGUCACCUUGCUGGCCCUGCUGGCCUGUGUCACCACGCUGCUGGUGGUGUGUGCUCUGUCUCUGUCUCUGCGGCAUCAGAAGCGAGACUCCCACUCCCCAUUUGAGGAGGAUGAUGUGAGGGAGAACAUCAUUACCUACGAUGACGAAGGGGGAGGGGAGGCAGACACUGCUGCCUUUGACAUCACCGCGCUCCAGAGCAUGCACAGAGUACAGCGCAUGCAGGAUGGCAGGAACAUAUGGUACACCCAGCAGAAUCAGGCCAGGGCUAGGACGUACAGCUGGAGCCGGACCCCACACUCUGCUUUGGACCCCCGGCAUCCAAGCUCAACCCCUGUGUACGGACACCUCUGCUACAGCAUCCACACCCUGCCUGUCCUCAGAGACCUUCCCGAGGGGCCCACUCCAUUCCAGUCGGGUCUGCAGCUGGCCAAACUGAUGGAAACCUAUGGGCUUCCUGGCCAUCAGAUGGGUAACGUUAAUAAUUCCCAAGUCAUCCAGAACCAGAGCACAUUUGAUCUGCUAGAGUCUGGAGCGGUUCCUCUCAACCCUGCUGAGCCACAGUUCCCCAGCAGAGAAGGACCAGAGAGCAUGAGGGCUGACAGCAGACCCACAGAGAGAGAGGGAGGCAGGGAGACCAACACUGACAACCAGCAGCAGCAGCUGCAUCCGAACCAGGGACCAAUCAGGACACAGCCUGAGUCUGUACUGACAGAUGAAGCACUAGUUCUGACCUACUCUGUCCCAAAUGGCUCAUGCUCCCAGAGUCACAGCAGUAGCAUCUCUUCCUCAGAGCAGCAGGAGAACAAGACAGAGUCCUCUCCCUCACAGACCACCACCACCACUGGAGCUUCCAGCUCUGCAGUAGAUGACACAGACACAGAUUCCUCUACUCUCCCCAGCUCAGAGAAGAAUGAAAACACUGUUGGUGUUAGCCAAGUAAAUAGCAGUCACACCCACACUAACACACUGGCGGAGUCAACAUACAGCAUUGUGGGUUCACUAAACCAGGGCAGUGGAGGGAUACCUGUGACCGGGACUACGUUGUAUCCAGGCAGUGCAGAAUUCCUGAACAUGUACGCGUUUGGUAGGAGCCUCUCUGGAGGCAUGCUGGGAUACGGCAGGGGGUGGGGCUGUGCCCAGGGACUGGUGUCUAACAGGGCAGGGGCAAAGGGUGGGGCUAACUGUAACCCCUCCCUGCCUUUGAGGAUGGAGGACUUCCUGAAGCACCGUUUGGACCAGGUGACUGACCUAUCCCAGCCACCCUACGACUCACUGCAAACCUAUGAGUUUGAGGGGGGGGACUCCCGGGCGGGGUCACUGAGCUCACUGGAAAGCGAGGGCGAGAGGGAGGAGGAGAGAGGGAGGGACGCGGUAGACGAGUUGGACCAGAAUUUCCAUAGGCUAGUGAAGAUAAUCGAAGAGAGAGAACAAGAAAAGGAGUGUGAGAGAAGUUCAGUGGAGGAGACGCCACGGGCAGAAGAUAGAAGCCAGGGUUUGGAUGUCAACGAGAUGAGCAAAACAGAGAGUGUUGAUGAAGAGAAAGAGGUCUCAAGGUGGGAUUUUUAGAGAACCUGCGAAUCAAAGAGACUGAAUAGGAGUUUGGAGAGGAGAGACAAAACACUCCAACAGAUGCAAUUUAAAAGCAAUACGGGGGUGUUAUGCACGACUUCAGAGAGAAAAUGAUUCCGUUCUGUUCUGUUCAAUGAAUAAACUUCCUGCUUGUUGGCUAUGCAGCACAGCUGAGACAUGUCGGAGGACCCAUCAUCACAUCUCAUAAACUCACCCUUGUGUUUAUUAAACAGUAUAUCAAAAAUGUAACUUUUAGACUUUCCUUGUAACUGAUAUGAAUAAUGCACCUAGGCUUUCUACACUGAAGUUAUGAAAAAUGCACUUUCUGAAAUAUUGAUUCCCAGCCCUGAAAGCUGCAUUGUUGGAAAAUAGGCCUCAUGAAAAAUGAAAGGGAAUUGUGAUAUUUAAUGUUGAUAGUUAAUUAGGUGCACUCUCACUCAGAACACUGUUGUUCCCAAAGGCGACAUUUAAACAUGGAUAACUGAAUUGAACUUAUUCUAAAAAGCAUACCAAUUCCACACAUCUACACUUGCAUACUGUAGGCAUACACACAGACACACACUUAUAGAGCUAAUGUGAAUAUAUAAUGGUGAAUCUGUGCACAUUACAUCCAGUCAAAUGAAAGCUGUUCAGGUGAUGAUAUUAUGUCACAAUCAGGAGGGAGCUCUUCAGAAUUGUAUAGACUUUGACACCCAGGCAAUGUAUUGUCCCAGUAAUUAUAAUCACGGUAAUAGGUUCUAUGAAACACUAUGCAAUUUGCACACUGACUAGACAUAAUACGUCUCUGAAGAAAGAAGCCUUGUAAAAAGUUGAAUAUGUUUCCUACUAUAGCGACAUGAUUAUGUGCAUACUGUAAAUAUCAUCCUCCGCAAUGUGGUGAUUAUUGAGUGGAGGAUUUCACACAGACCACAAAAGUGUCCCUUUAUGAGAAACACUGUCAUUAUUUCAGAAUUUGUAGUGAUUAAAUGGUUGGUGUUAAA